AAUCAGCUCGUUUCUUUGGUUGUUUUAUUUGAUUCACAGCCAUUUUGAUUCACUUUCUUGAAUUGUGUACAUUGAUAUUGAUUCCUGGUUAUUGAUGUUUCCAAUAAUUGUUACUCUAUUGUUGGUUAAUUUGUCAGCAGGCAAAAUUUAUGAUCGAUGUGAACUUGCCAAUCAAUUGUUGAGUGUUCACAAUUUUCCUGAAUCACAGUUAGCUGAUUGGCUGUGUUUAAUUGAAGGUGAAAGCUCAUAUAACACUGGAGCAAUCAGUCAACCUGAAUAUGAUGGUGUCCGUGAUUAUGGUUUGUUUCAAAUCAACAGCCGUUACUGGUGUGGGCCACCUAAUGAUAUAAACGUUUGUGGAAUCAAUUGCCUUCAAUUAGUUGAUGAUGAUAUUACUGAUGAUAUUGCUUGUGUACGAAAGAUUUAUCAGGUUCAUGGUUUUGAUGCUUGGGUUGCUUGGCGAUAUAAAUGUAAAGGACGGAAUCUUAAAAAAUACAUAAAAGGAUGUUCAAAUAUUCAAUGGACAUCUCCUGUUAAUGUUAUCGAUAAACUCUUGUCUGAAACCGAGAAAAGUAUCCAAACGAUUGAUGGUGUUCCCAAAUCCAGAUCAAAUAAAUUGUCGAGUCAAUUUGCUUCUGCGGCUUUGAAUGAAGUUGCCAAUUAUUUAAAUAAUGUUUUAGUAACAAUGAAAACAUAUUUUUAAGAUAGAAAUUUGUAAUACAGGAUUUCCUCUGUUUACACGCAAUUAGUAACAAAAAUGAUUCAUCUUUUCAAUAAAUUGAAAUAGGUCAUGAUAACUUUGCUACACUGAAGACAAUAGUCUGAAAAUUUAGUAAUUAAACAUGUUAUUAAAUAUGUAUUAAACAGAAAUAUGUUAUUCUAAUGUGAAA